GUUUAUGUUAAAAAAGAAGAAAUGGUUCGACAUUUCAAAUGGCAUAAAAAACGGGAAGAAUCUUUACAACAUGGUUUUAUGCGUUACAGUCCAAUGGACAACUGUAAAUCCAAGUUUGGUACUUGUACCCAUAAUGGACGCCAAACCCAUUACCAUUGUAUUCAGGCUGGGUGUGAUAAAGUUUAUAUUAGUACAUCUGAUGUACAGAUGCAUGCUAAUUAUCAUCGUAAAGAUUCAGCUAUUAUACAUGAAGGUUUCCAGCGUUUUCGAGCCACUGAGGACUGUGGUACUACAGCCUGUCAAUUUUAUGGACAGAGGACAACACAUUUUCAUUGUCGACGCUCCGGAUGUAAUUUUACCUUCAAGAAUAAAGCAGAUAUGGAAAAACACAAAACCUACCACCAGAAGGAUGAAAUACUAUCUAAAGAUGGGUUUAAAAAGUUUAUGAAGUAUGAGAAUUGUUUAUUUACUAAUUGUAAAUAUGCUAAGAUUAGUAAUCAUAUUCACUGUAUACGGCCAGGUUGUGAUUAUGUUUUACAUUCCACGGCUCAGCUUUACUCACACAAACGUAAACAUGAACGAAGAGACUUUGAA